UUCAGGACCACCCUCUAGAGUGAACGGCUCCAUCGUGGAUAUUUUUCUGGGCUCUGUGAGUAUGAUUUGCUCCUGAUUCUUUCUCUCCUGUCUCUCUGAAUUAGCAUUUCAUCCCAUUGUUUUCAUUUGCAGGGUUUUCUAGCACAUUCUCCACUAUUUUAUGGGUUCUAUGAGCGUGGGGCCCUAGAAAUGGUGUGCUCGAACACUUCUCUUCUCUUCCUGCUUGGAAUUACAUGUGUUUUUGUCCUCAGCCUUGUCAUGGUGAUUCGCAGGACAGUGAUUGGGUACAAGCACACAUGGAUCACAGGAAGUCAUAAUAAAAUCAGCAUAAUCAAUAAGGUCUUCUCUGGCUGGAACUUUUGUAUCCAGGAUGAUUCUGCAGCUGCACUGAAACAUAGCUUGAUUAGGAAUGAGCUGAAGAUGGAUCUGGAGGAGCAGGGGUUUCAUCAGAGGUUAUCUCGGAGAACCCUGAAGCAGAAGAUGACACUGUAUGUUCUGCGCGUGUUGCUCAAUGUCUUGGUACUGGUUCUACUCGCCGGAUCAUUCUGUAUGAUCUUCUUUGCCACCCAAUACUCAAAAGAAAAGAAGGAACAUAAUGUGGAGUCCUGGAUCGUGAAUCUCAUAUUGGGUUAUCUUCCGGCUAUUACAAUCACCACAGCAAACCAUCUAUUGCCCAGAAUCUUCCAGAAGAUCUCAGUCUUUGAAGACUAUUCCCUUACUACUCAGCUUAAUCUCACUCUAUUAAGGAGCACUUUCUUGAAGCUAGCCAGCCUGGGAAUCUACAUCUUAUUCCUCUUCAAAAUGCGCAAAUCAGACUGCUGGGAAAAUGAGUUUGGAAAACAAAUGUACCAGCUUUCAAUGUUUGAUCUACUGGCAUGCUUCAUCAACACAUUCCUGAUUUCCUUCCCUGCAAAGUGGCUAAGAGAGAGGUACCCAUCAUCUGUGCUGGCCAGGCUGGUGAAGCCGCAGUUUAUAAUUACUCUGCAUGUUCUUGAUCUGGUCUAUUGUCAAACGGUUACAUGGGUGGGGGUGUUUUACUGCCCUCUGUUGCCCUGCAUAUGCACUCUCAAGCUAACAGCAGUUUUCUACAUGAAGAAGUGUUGUGUCCUGAGGUGUUGUGUUCCAGCACAGAAGAUGGUCCGCACCCACAGCUCCUCGGUGCUGUUCCACUUCAUGCUUCUGUUGGGACUCAUCAUCGCUGCCGUUCACCUCAGCGUGAGCCUCAGUGCUGACACCACAGGAGUUCCCUGUGGUCCAUUCAGUAACAGCACAGUGUCUGAGGUGGUGAAUGAGUGUGUAGGGAGCCUCCCUCAUGUUGUACAAUCCACGCUUCGCCAUAUGGACUCAAAAGCCAUCGCUCUGCCAUUAAUCAUGGUAGAAAUUGUCAUUCUGACCUGUUUCGUAUCACAAGGACGAGCUAACCACAAAACUAUUGAAAGACUGAAUGACAUGCUGGUGAUGUGUAACUCUGAUAAACGCUUCCUGGUGGAAGAGCACUCGUCGGGGCUGAGCCAUUAGAAAACAAGGAGUCCAUGGAGAUAAUGUCUUCACAACGCAGGAUGACCAUGAAGAACCAUGAUUUUCACCCAAGCCAGGCCAUUGGUACACUGAGUAGUACACUGGAAUUUGACUGAAAAAAAUACAAUGAAUGAACAGCAAUGAAAAACUGAAGUACUAUUCAGAAAAUCAAUAAAACUGGUCAUAACACAUUGUUAAGAAAAUAAAGAAUAAAUUCAUAAAAAA